UGCAGCGACAGCUGUGAUUUCAGCCGCAAAAACCAGGGGCGACUGCUUUUGGCUUUUUGCAUCUGAAAACGAGGAAUCCUUGAGAAUGAAAGAGAGAUGAUUUUUCUUUCAUAGACACGACAUCAUCACAUACCAAAAACCCAGCAGGUGGCGGUAAUACACUUAAUCGUUGGAUGUCAACCACCUAAUCGGAAAACGAAGAAGAAGUGCUUCACCGGAAGAGGAAGAGGAAGAAGACGAAGAAGAAGAACAACAACAACACGUGUUAGACCCCUGCGACCAGAGACGGUUCCGGAUCUACACACGUUUUGUCGAACGCUCCAGAAAGUCGUGCGAAUGGACGAAGCACCCGUUCAAGCCAGGAUUCCUCCAGACCUGGUGAAGCUCCUGGGUGUUACGUCUCAGCCCAGCUCCCGGGCCGAGGCCUUCACCCAGGCGUUCCUCAGAACCAGCAUUCAGCAUCGCACCCGACACGACCUGAAGAGCAUGUUGAGCCACAAGGCCGUGGUCCUGGGCUACUCCAGGCCCAAGAAGGAGCGCGCCAAGAGGAGCAGCAAGAAAGCCAAGGGACUGAACGCCCGCCAGAAGAGGGCGAUGAAGAUCUUCCAGAUCCAGCCUCAGCACCAGAGAUACGAGCUCUUCCUGCCUCUGCAUGAACUCUGGAGACAGUACAUCAUCGAUCUGUGCGCUGGAUUGAAACCGACCAGUAAUCCACAGCUGGUGCAGCAGAAGCUUCUGAAGGCCGACUUCCACGGUGCAAUCCUCACAGUGGUCCGGUCCAAAUGUCCAUCAUAUGUGGGCACGACGGGGAUUCUAGUGCAAGAAUUCAAACACAUCUUCAAAAUCAUCACCAAGGAGGACAGACUGAAAGUGAUCCCCAAGAGGAACAGCGUGUUCGCCGUGGAGAUCGAAGGCUUUGUCUCUCACAUCUACGGCAGUAAGUUCGAGCAGAGGGCCAGCGAGCGCUCCGCCAAGAAGUUCAAAGUGAGAGGAACCAUUGACUUGUGACGGGCCACCGGCAGGAUCAACUGCUGCAGCCUCCCGGUGGCCAUCAGGAGGAACUGUACCAGCACCCUGUUUUCACACUCCACAUCGUGAGGUUCCUGUGCGUCUCCUGUAUGUCAGACCGCAGGAAGAUGGUGGAGCUGUUGGAGCGAACGUGGAAACGGCGAGACAGGAUUUUGCUGGAGGUGCGUGUCGUUUGUCAGGCUCUCGUUGAAAAGCAGUGGGAGUGUCCGACAGCCGCUGCCUCCACAUGAAACCUGUUUAAUUGUAUCAUUUCAUUAAGAAUGCUGAAAGAUGCACACGCCCUUUUUUUUUUUGGUCUACUCUGUCUUUCAUGGUGUAAAUGAGUUCCUGGUGGGACUAAAUGGGAACACUGCUGGAUGUCUUAUGUGUUAUGUUUUUUAGUUUUUUUAAUAAGACCUAUUCUGCUCAUAUUCAGGUUCAUAAUGUUAUGAACCUGAAAAGGUUGACAUGCUUGAAUGAUCAGUAAACACAUCAGUUUCCUGCAGCUCCUCUUCCACAGCGUCCGUCUGAAACACUGUCUGUUUGAGGCCCCUCCCUCCAGAUGAAGCCCGGGGCGGGGGUUAGGGUUAGAGCUCCCUCUAACAUGGACUGUGGGCUUUUUAUUUUGCUUUGCAGAACUUUUACAUUCACAAAAAACAGCAACAAUAAAACACACUGGAGCGAG